AUUUGAGUACCGAGAAGAGAAACGGAAUAGGUGAAGGUAAAAUGUCACACAUUUGUAGAGAACUCUGUCUUCUUCUGAUAUUACUGGCUCACGCCCAGGCUGACUGCAGUUUUAUUGCCAUCAUUGGAGAGACGGUGCAAAUCCCCUGCUCUCUGAACACUGAAGAGUCUUUAAAGACGGAGGACAUUUCUGUUGAAUGGAAAACAUCUGAAGGUCUCAUUGUUCAUUCAUUUGUCAAAGGACAGGAUUAUUGGGCCAAUCAGGCCCCCCAGUUUAAAGGCAGAACGCAGCUCUUUAAGUCUGAGCUUCCACUUGGCAAUCUGUCCCUGAGGCUGUCCAGUGUGUCCGUAACUGAUGAAGGGGUCUAUGCCUGCAACUACCACCGAGCUGGGGAGUCCAUCUCCAAACAACUAUCUCAGGAGUGCCUUCAAAUUGCAGGUCGUUACUCUGUCCCAGUUGUCCAAGGACCAGCAUCACCAGUGUUUAAAGACAGUGAGGUCAGUUUCACCUGCAAGUCUACUGGGGGAUUCCCUGAGCCAAAGGUCCAGUGGUCUGUGAAUAAGGAGCUGCUUCAGAACUCAGGACAAGUAAGCACAACACUGAGCAAAGACAGCAGAGGUCUGUACAAUGUGACCAGCGUCCUGACUGUGAAUGUGACAGGAGACGUGUCUGUGACCUGCACUGUCGAGAAUGACAGACUGAGGGAGAAGAGGACAUCAGCUGAAAUUCAGUAUCUGAUUAAAGCUGAGAAAGAGUCAAACGGAGUGAACAGAGGCACCAAGGUGAUGAUACUUGUGUUAGUGGCAGUGCUGGUGGGGCUGCUGAUUGUAGCGAUUGUGGUGUUAAAGAGGAUGAAGAGGAAACGUCAACGUAAUAGAGAAUCUGACGGCUAUGAGUGUUAAAAGAUGGAGCACUGAAGCCCCUGACUGAUCCCAGCACCUAAACAACACACAAACUGAUGUGACGCCACUACUAAGACAUGAAGAAGCUCUGUGUCCUUGAAAAAUGGACCUCAAAAUGAGAACAUUUGCCCGUAUUUUCAUUUAUUCGAUUCGCAGAUGCUUUUAUCCAAAGAGACUUACUGUACCAGUGAGGUUGACACAUCCAGUUAGGGUCUGUUGUUAAACUAGUGGUACAAGCCCAGGAUACCGAAAUUGACCAAAACAAGUGAAAAGUCCUCCAGAGCAAUUGUCUUCAAAGUGUGGUCUGCAGGUUGACAGCCAUUAGGGCCAAGUGACUUUUAAAUUAGUCAGAUGUGUCAGUCUGUUAUGUACUUAGAUAGCAGCCUUGAUUGUUAUAAAGGUCUACUUGACAUCAGAAAUGGCUCCAAAACUACCACCAUAGAGUGCAGCGUCUCGCCUUCUUGUAGAUGGUAACGAGUUUUGCUUCAUUUUGUGGCCUUCCUGCUCCAGGCUUGUUUGUGUGUUGUGGUUGCCCCUUUCACUCACGUGGUUUUCUUACACCCUCAGUGUCUUUCCAGUCCAGACAUCUUGGUCACUGCACUGGUCCUUUUAAACUCACUGUGAUGUCUGCCAGAUCAAGGUAGGCCUUUAAUUCCAUGCACUGUGAGGACAGGCGGCUUGCUGUUCAUCGAUCUUCAUGACUAAAGGGCCAUUAUGGUCACUGGAUGAAAGGUGGGAGUUUGAAUCGUAAAUCCUGCAGUGUUGGAUUUGAAUGUUAGUGUUUGACAGAAAUGUGAGACAAUCAGGUGACUGUCAGACUUGAGGGGUCCAAUUUUGGCAGAGUGGUCCAAAAUGUGUCAAGUGCCACUGCACUGGACCUUGUAUGUAAGUAAAGAGUAAACCGAUUAAAUCAUAUGACUAGUUAGCUUGAACUACAAAAAGAGCUGAGCAUGAAACCUUUGCCACUGAUAACUUUCUCUUACCUUUUCUACUUCUGCUGAGGACACCAUGCUGAUUAGAGGGUGAUGGACCUGAUUACUCUAAAGAGGUGCUUGGACUUCAUCAACAUGUAAUGGAUGGAGUUUGCUGUCCGUACAUCGUAAUCUGCUGGUACAGAAUACAAGUGAGAUGAUCAAGGAAGAAAGCUACUCAUGAGUGACAAAGGGCUAACUCAUCACGAGCGUGCAGCGCCACAUUUUAUUUGCCUUUUUAAUCACUUCUUCACUUUUCUUAGAUGAUGAAGAUGUUGUGUCAGCAUAAACCCUAAACGCUUUUCAGAGGUCUCUUGCUGUAGCUCAGUGUCUCCCAUCUUGUUUUUAUAAUUGAUGUUCCCUCUGCCCACGUGUUGCACUUUACACUUUUUAUAUUAAACUCCAUUUUCUAAGUGCUCUUCCA